CGCGCUCCACCAGCCCUUCCAAGGUUCUUCUUCUCUUCUCACCUAGACUAGGCCUCCGUAGCCACAAUCUUGUUUCUCGUUUUCUCCCAUCCUUUCCUACCCACAGUCUGGCCCAAUUUCAACCUCAAUCCACCCACCAUCCCAGCCGUCUCAACUUCAACAGAUCGAAUGCCGCCGUCGUCAUCUAGCAUAGCUCACCAAAACAUACAACAGCAACAGCAACAGCUUCAUCAAUCAAUCAACCCAUCUCGCUCAACCCCCGCAGCCUUCCCGACGCGUAGCCUACCGAAUCGACCGAUACCUCGUUGCCUAGACGCCUCGAUCCAACCCCAACGCCGCGUUGUCGGCUCCUCGCGAUGUCGUCGACGCGUCAUCGUCACCACCAGCCGCUGCAAAUCUACCAAGAUCCCGAAUCCGAUCGAAGCCACAUACCAUCCGGCUCGACACUCCCGCGCCUCGCCUCGCCCCUACGUCCCAUCAGGAACGCCUCCUCGAGACGGAACAUCGUCCUCAACGCUCCUGUCGUCCAGGCCAACAAUGGAUCACCACACAAGAACGCGCUGCACUCGUCAAGCUCGCCGUCGAGGAACGGCAUGAGCAAUAAGCUCAACAUGCACGCCAUGCCGCCGCCGCGGGGAGCAAUGCGCAGCACGGACUCGCUCGAGAAGAAGCUGCCUCUCGAGGCUAAGGGACAGGGGUCUGGGCCACAGAAGGCACUCUUCACCACCGCCUCGAAUAUUUAUCCCGCCGGAAAGGAGAACUACCAGCAUCAGUAUCAUGACGCGGACGACUUCUACGCAAACGAUGCCAUAUACGGACAGAAGACCCAGAGGAAGCGUGCGCUACUGGAGGCUCCAAUGAUUCAGUCGAAGAAGCAGAGAAUGAUGCCGGAGCCUACACGCCCCGCCGCAGAACGAUUCGGUGCCGCCAAAGACGACGGAACAAAGCCAUCGCACAGCUACGCCACGCUCAUCGGCAUGGCCAUCCUCGGAGCCCCAGGGAAGCGAUUGACCCUGGCCCAGAUCUACAAGUGGAUCUCGGAUUCAUACUCAUACUACAGCGCUGCCGAGACGGGAUGGCAGAACAGCAUCCGCCACAACCUCAGCUUGAACAAGGCCUUUGUGAAGCAGGAGAGGCCCAAGGAUGAUCCCGGAAAAGGCAACUACUGGGUCAUUGCUCGGGGAGAAGAGGAGAAGUUCAACAAGGACAAGCAGCCCAAGAAGGGAACGAUUAUGGAGAGCGGUCCUAUUAUGUCCGCGUCCGUAUCGCUCCCGGCACCUCUCAUGAUCCAGGAGCGUCCGCCGUCGUCGUACAGAAACUCGACUCCAGCACCCUCGGAAUUCGCUCCUCCUUCUACAAACCCGUUCAUGUCCAUCAAGCCCGCCACGAAGCGGGACAGCGAGCUCUCCUCCGACGCCACCAUCCCCGCCUCGGACACCUACCAGCCCGACGAAGAAGCCCCAGAGCACGAGCUCUACGCACACGCCGGCGCUGCCCAACCCAUCCUCUCCUCCCCACCCGCACUCAUGCAAUCCUCCCCCCCGGUCCCCCGACGCGUCCGUCUCCGCGACGACACGCCCCCACCCGUGGUCCGCUUCGCCCGCUCCUCCGCCCAGCGCUCCCACAAACGCAACUUCGCGUCCAUGGACGACAGCGGCUACUUCUCCUCCCUGAACUCCUCCGCCCUCCGCAACCCCGUCCCCGAUCGCCAUCCCGUCAAGCGCGGCCGUGCUGAAGAGGAAAUCGCCCGUCUCCGCGGCUCCUCCUACGACAGCCCCUCCAAGACCUCGCGUCGCGCCCGCCACACUCCAUGCGCCGAGUCCAUCGCCUGGGCCGCGCCUUCCUCUUCUCCGCUUCGCAGAGGGCUCGUAUACGAGUCCGCCGCCAUGCUUCCCCCGCUCACGCCGGCUGUCAAGCUGACCGCGCCUUCCCGCCCGCCGCCCUCGGUAUCUCCAACCACAAACCUCCGUCUCCACCGCGAGCGCGUCCGCCAGCUCGUCGGCUCACCGAUGCGCGACUCCAUUCACGCCGCCGACGACUGCCUCCCCUGGAGUCCGGCCUUCAACCUCGCCGAGCCACUUUUCCCGGACCUGGAAACUGAGUUUGAGAUGUUCAUCGAGUCUAGUGCGGGAGAUCUGCUCGCGGUGCCGGGGAACGGGUCGCCGGAGAAACGCACAGCGAAGAGGGGACGCUUCGACCUCGCGCCGAGCGUGUUGGGGGACUUGUCGUCGAAUCUUCAUAAUAGCUUCUCGAGGAGAAGUGUGACGUCGACGCCGAAGCUGAAUUUCGCGCCUUCGCUUGCGCCGAGGGUGUUUCAUUCCCCGUCUGCGGCGUUGGGGUUGGGGGGGGCGUCGCCGAGUAAGUUUGCGAGUCCCAUCUUCAGUCUGGGUGGUAGCUUCGAUAUUGGUGGUGCUUCUUCUUCCACCGCUAGUGGUGCUCCUGCUGGCGCUAGUGGGGCGCAGGAAGAGUACUACGGCGCGGAGUUCCUGGCUGAUGGUGUCGCGGAGGAUGCGGGGAUGGAUAUCCUGCAGGGUUUUGCGAAGAUUGGGGCCAAGGGACGUGGUGGGGGGCCGGAGCAGAUGAAGGGGCUUGGUGUUAGGAGUGGAGUGAGGAGGAAUUUUACGAGUCGGUUUUAAGACCGUGAAAGGGAUGCGGUGGUGAUGAUUAUGAAGGGAUUAUUUUGUUUGUUGUUUUUGUUGAUGCUACGUCUAGUGCUGUCGGAGUCACACUUGCGCCGCGCUGAGGGGCUAUGUUGGGUUUUUUCUUGUUUAUGAUAAAUGUCUGGAUAUACGAAAAUGUUCCCCUUUGUUUUUCUUUCCGGGCCGGACUUCUUUGUCGGUUGUUUGUUGGAUUGGGGGUCUGAGGAUCUGUCUCUCUAUCUUGUCUGAGCUUUUCUUUGUGGAUGUAUGCGUGGGGGUAUGUUUGGG